CAACUACAGCUGUCGGUUUGACAUUGUCAGUGCUUUGUUAGGUCGUUGUGUUUUGGCGAGAAGUGUUCUCUUAAGUUGAUUACAUCUAAAUUCAUAAACAUGAUAUUAGAAGGAGGCUAAGAUUGUUUUCAAUUCUAAUGGAGGAUAGUGUAAGUGUAAAAUCAAGUGAUUCGACUGCUGUGAGUGAUGAGUUUGAAAUUAUAAACGGACAGACUGUGGUUACUGCUUCAAGUUUGCCCCAAUUGAAAAUAGCUGGUGACGGAAGCUUAGAAGGCCUUUGGCAGUGCCUAGGAGAAAUGCUUAAAGAAGAUAUUGACAAUACACAAAAGGAAGAAAUGUCUGUCGAUGAAAAUGAUGAAGUUGAACAUUCCCAGAAUGAAAACAUUGAAGAAUUGGGUGAUGUUCAUCAGGAUUGUACAAUAUUUAAUGGAGUGUCCUACCUGGGUGCUGCUGCCAUCAAUGCACCCAAAUCAGACACUGAAAUACAGAGAAACAUGGUUAUCCUUAAUGAGAGUAUUGUGGAAGCUAUUAAAGUGUCUAUUUCCAUACCGUCUUGUUCUGAUGGUUCCGUUGUAUUAUAUGAUGGUAUAACGAACAGUGUUAUGCAAAGAUAUGAAAUUUGCCGGAUACUGUUUUACGCUCACGGCAAACCAAAUUCAAAUGAAGCUGCUUGUUUUGCUUUCACUUGGACUCAUGGUGACACUUUGGAAUCUUCUAUUUUUCAGUGCCACGUUUUCAGAUGUGAUAUACCCGAAGCAGUUGGCCAAGUUUCUGCAUGUUUUAUGAAAGCUUUUCAAAGGGUCCCGAAGUCUUUAAGUACUUCAAUCAAUGGAGAACUACCGACAGAAGGUGAAUUACUAAGCAAUAUUGGUAAUAUUCAAGUUUUUGUCCUUGAUUUAACUAUGGAUAUCAAGGAAGAUGAUGGGAAGGGUAAUUUUAAUGCUGUUCCUCGUGAUCGUAGUUGUUUUAAACUACGCUGUAACAUAGAAAAGCAAGUUUGUCUGACGAUUACUCAGGUUGCUACUGAAGGGCAAAAAAAAUUGGAGGUGAAGAGAUGUUUUGGUGUUCUUAUUGCUCCUGGAAAGCAUGUUAAGCAUAGCGAUAUGCAGUUGUUAGAUAUGGCGUCAAUGGGUUCAGAAAAAGUUGACGAUACCAGUUACGUAAUUACUGGCUUAUGGGAUCCAAAGGAUGCAGCUUUUGAGCUACUCAAUACUGAGACAGAAGGAAGGGACAAGAAAGUCUACUUGACUGUUGCUGUGGAUCUUGUCGUGAGGGGAAUUACUGAACCAGUCCGUCUGCUUGUGGAAACACAAGUUCGAGUUUACCAUCAAGGUGAAAGAUUCUGGUAUUUUACGAGAAGACCUCUUAUUCAGCCUUUUUCACUUAAUUUAAAAGAGGUUAUGAGCUUGGAUAAUGAACCCAACUAUGAAGUAGUUAGUAUUGAAACAUCUGGAGAGAUAGAUAGAAGUCGUUUGAAUUUAACAUUGAAUAAUCUUGCCAGCUACAUAAGAUCCCCGAGCAUCACUUCAAUGGAUACCCUUACACCCCGUGACGAUUAUAAUUCAGAUGGCGACGAGCCUCUGCUUAGUGGUACUGGGAACGUCAGUAAAGACUGUUCCGUGAGUGAUUUGGAGUCGUGGCGCGAUGUGUUGACAAAGUGGUCAGGAGCAAGGCCUCGGCAGCUGGGACCUCUCGUUCGUCAGGGCAUCCCAGAGGCUCUUCGAGGUGAGGUCUGGCAGCGUCUUGCCAAUUGCGAUUCUGAUACUGCAGUCAUGGACAACUAUAGAAUACUUAUAACUAAAGAAAGCAAUUGCGAAGCUGUGAUACAACGAGAUAUCAAUCGAACUUUUCCUGCCCAUGACUUCUUUAAAGAAGGUAGUGGAGGCGGUGGUCAGGAUUCCUUGUUCCGGAUCUCUAAGGCAUAUGCUGUCCAUGACACUGAGGUCGGCUACUGCCAGGGACUCAGCUUCUUGGCUGCCACGCUCUUAUUACAUAUGCCCGAGGAACAAGCUUUCUGUGUUCUGUUGAAAGUAAUGUAUGACUACGGGCUGAGAGAAUUGUACAAGGAUGGCUUUGAAUGCUUGAGACUUCGCCUGUACCAAUUGAAUAGGCUCAUGGAGGAACAACUGCCGCAGUUAUAUCAUCACUUUCAAGACAAAGGGGUUGAAUCCCAUAUGUUCGCCUCACAGUGGUUCCUUACCUUAUACACUGCAAGGUUUCCUCUUUAUUUUGUUUUUCAUAUAAUUGAUGUUUUUCUCCUCCAAGGUACAGAUACACUCUUCCAAGUUGCCUUAGCGCUCUUAACGAUGUGUAAAAAAGAUCUAUUACAAUUGGAUUUCGAGAGCAUUUUAAAAUAUUUUCGAGUCACCCUGCCGAAAAAGUGUAGAAAUUAUGAAGUAGCCCGAGGUCUCAUGAAGGUGGCUUGCUGCAUUAAAGUUAAGAAACUAAAAAAAUACGAACAAGAAUUCCUAGAUAUGAAAGAGGCUGAGGAGAAUGCUGACAAAUGCACAUCUGAACUGGAAAGGUUAAAAUGUGAAUUAGUUAGAUCAGAAGAAGAAAAGAAAAGACUUGAGGAACAACUAGUCCAGGUCAAAGAUAUGUUGAAAAGGGAAGUAGAGAAGGCUGAAGAAGACAAUAGAAGAAACUGUUCCAUAAUAGAUGGAUAUAAAGCUAUUUGUGAAAGGCUUGAUAAAGAACAACAAGGAGCUAGAAAUUCUUUGAACUCUCUGAUGUCCUUAGUAGCAUCAUGCGAAAAAUGCAGUCAUCUAGAGUUAAAAGUUGGAGCAAAUGGAAGCCCUACGAAUAACAAAGGAAUCGAAGAGAGCGAUUCUCAUCUGAUGCAGAGGGUGACAGAACUUGAGUUAGAACUGGCUCAGGCUAAGCUAGCACAAGUUGAGGCAGAAUGUAAAAAUCAGGAUCUAACCCAUAAGCUUGGAGCAACAUUAUCUGAAAUGCAGGCAGCUAGAAACUCCUGGCCACCUUGGCUAUCAAAGACACUGACUUCCAUCAAGGAAGCAGCCGUAAACAAGGGAACUUUACAAAGAAGAGAAUCAGACUCCGCCGACUCACCUGCAUAAAUUCUAUCCAUAACAAACAUACUAAAUACAUUAGUCUAGUCAUUAUAAGGAGAUCGGCUUGAUUUCUGCCAAACCGCAUUAUUAUUAUUAUUCGUAUUAUUUCGUUUGUUUAUUUUCUCAGUUUUAUAUGUGUUAAAAACACUUUUUUAAAAAUAUUUUGACUAUAAAGUUAUUGAAUAGUCAGUAUUAUGUUGUUGAAUAUUUAGACUGUUUUAUGUUAGUCAUAGGCGAUAUAAAGUAUGACCAACUAUUGUAUAAGUCAUUUUACCUACCGUUAUUAUUAAUAUUUAUUGAGAUUCAUAGAUGUAGAUAAUUCAAAUUAUAUGUUAUUUUUAUUUUGUUUUUCUAUUAGUUACAAAUCUUAAUCAACAUAUAAUCACUACAUUUUAUAUUAGAUUUGUUAUACUAUAAUCAUUAUUUAAGGCCUAUAUUGUUUGCCUCUUUAUAUUUGUUUCAUUUUUCAUUUAUAAUUAAUAUAUUUUUAUAUGUAAAAGUACCGUCCAAACUUUUAAAUUUUUAAUUCACUUAUAAAAACCAUUAUAUGAUUUUAGUUCAAAAUUAUCAUAUGUAGUUAAUAAUAUACAAGAGUAAUAUUUGAAGUAUGGCAUUAUCUUUCAAAAAACUGCCUUAUUUAUUUAUUUUUUCACAUUUUUAUGUCACACCAUUGUAAAGUAAUGUAAUUAUUUCUUAAUGCGAAGGUAUAUUUAAUUUUUGUUAGAAGCAAAUUAAGAAAUAUUUAAUAAUACAAACUACGAUCUACGAUAAUGUAAUUAACAUGGAAAUAAAGAGUAUAGCUAAUUGUUUUCUCAUCAAAUCAUAUUCAUUUGAAUCUUUUUUUUAAAAAUUUAUAUUCUUUUAUU